CUCUCAAGAGAGAGAGACGACCGCGGGACUCCUUCCCUCCCUCUCUCUCGUCAUGAGAAGUGUCUCUUAUAUGGGUGCAGAAAACCUCAAUGCAAGCAUUCAGAAAUCUGAGGAACUGCAUGAGAAGCUCGAGGCAGCCAUUAGACGCAUCUCAGAGCAGCACGCACCUUCUCUUUUCCCCGACCUGGAGGAAUCCCUCUGCUUCUGUGCCCGACAAGGCCAUGGAGGACGGUUACAGCUCGAGCCCUGUGAAUUUCCACGCUGUCCGUGGCUCGAAUGCAGGAGUUUGGCGGCAAUAAGAGACGCGCUGCGGGUCUUCCAAGAGUGGCUUCGCUUCUUGGAGAGGUUGGAAACUCAGCAGCAUGUAGAAAGAUGUGCAGCGCUUGUACGAUUUGAGCAGACCAGACAAUUCCUUAUUCAUAGGCUUGUGGAACACAAUGGAAGAGAUUUUUCUGUCAUUCAACAGGCACUGGAAUUUGCAAGAGCGAAUGGGGAAGUUGCCAAUAUAUGUUCUGAGGGACCAUUUGCUGAUAACAAGACUCUGCGUUUGCAAAAAAACAGUACUGGUUCUAAUGUGAAGCUCCCAAAAGGCUUUGUGUCCUUGAUGAACUCCUCCCUCCAGGUCAUGAUGAAGCCACUAAAGUUGCAGAAGGCUGCUGGAGUGAUUCUGAGGCUAGGAGUAGCUGCUAGUGGGCUGCUUCUAGCACUAAAACUGCAGGGAAGAUGCCAGACAUCCCUGAAGGUGCUUAAGAUAAUGCCUAAAACAAAUGCUGGUCAUCGAAGAAAGAGCCAAUUUCUCAUGAAUUCUGCGAUUGGAGGAAGAGCACAACAAAUCCAAAGCUUUUCUAUGGAUGUAUCCCAUGGAAGGGGUUGAUGUUCGCUUCAUAGAUGGUAGAUUGGUAGUUAUACUAGGCCAUUUUUUAACUGUUUUCUUAAUGGUUUCCCAUCCGAGAUGGGUUUCCAAUAGGAAAGAAGUAAAAUUUUUUUUGAGUUGGGUUGAGUGGCACGGUCACAGGUAUGAAAUCAUUUUUUGGUUGUCGUCGAGAGGACUUUUUUUUUUUUUGCUUGCAAGUUGUAACUGUCCCAUAGAGUUUUCUUUGUUCUUUAGGGAGAUGAUUUCAGAUUGCUUAAAUACUUGUGCUUUAAAUGUAUAGAUUCAUUCCGCAGAUUUAAUAUGAACUUUGUCAGUGAGACACUACAC